AUGGGUUCAGGACCUUCAAGCUCAUCUUCCAACUCAUCUUCAGAAAUUCGGCUUAGUGAAAAACCAGAUAUUAGAAAUUUUGGAACGAUUGUGAAAAUUUCAAUUUAUGGUAACGGCUUAGUGCAUGGAGGCUUUUGGUUUGGCACACAUCAUGUAUUUAGUGUGCUUCAAACUGAAAAAGACUGUGUUGAGAUCAAUCAAGAACAAUCCGAAUCUGAAAUUACUGAUGUGUUUGUCAUCGAUCAAGAACAAUCAAUCUACAAUAACUAUAGAAUAUGUUCGGGUAUCGAUGAAGAAGAAUCAAUCUGA